AUGAAUGAGCCUAUUGCUGUUGUGGGUUCCAGCUGUCGCUUUCCAGGCGGAGCAUCAUCUCCCUCAAAGCUCUGGCAACUUCUGAAGAACCCACGGGACGUACUUCGCGAUAUUCCCAAAGAUCGUCUGGGACUGGGAGCCUUCUACCACGAAGACGGCGAGCACCAUGGCUCCACCAAUGUCGUCCCCAAGGCGUAUUUGCUGGAGGAGGAUCCCCGACUGUUCGAUGGGCCAUUCUUUAACAUAAAUCCGAAAGAAGCGGACGCAAUGGACCCGCAGCAACGACUGCUUCUCGAAAGCGUCUACGAAUGCAUUGAGAGCGCUGGAUAUCCGCUCGACAAGCUUCAAGGCACUGCCACAUCGGUCUAUGUAGGCUGUAUGACGAACGACUAUCAUGACAUCCAGGGGAGGGACCUGGAAGUCGUCAAUCGCUACCACGGGACGGGCUCGACUCCCAGCAUACUUUCAAAUCGUAUCAGUUACUUUUUCGACUUUCGAGGUCCAUCUGUGACACUAGAUACGGCAUGCUCAUCUUCCCUCGCUGCCAUUCACUUUGCGGUGCAGUCUCUGCGCAAUGGCGAGUCGACGAGCUCGAUCAUCGGAGGCGUGAACUUGAUUUUUGACAGUGUCGCCUAUAUCUCCGAGUCGAAACUACACAUGCUUUCGCCCACAUCGCGGAGCUCCAUGUGGGAUGCCUCAGCCGAUGGUUAUGCCCGCGGCGAAGGAGUUUCGGCCUUGAUGCUCAAGACAUUGUCCCAGGCCCUGGCGGAUGGCGACCAUAUUGAGUGCAUCAUUCGCGAGACUGGCAUGAACUCCGAUGGCAGGACCACCGGCUUGACAAUGCCCAGUGGUGACGCGCAAGCUGCUCUUAUACGACAGACAUAUGCUCGUGCGGGCCUUGAUCUUCAAUCCAGAGACGAUCGGCCGCAGUAUUUUGAGGCACACGGUACUGGCACUUUGGCUGGGGAUCCCCAGGAAGCGCGUGGGAUAUAUAAUGCCUUCUUUGACACUGCCACGACUAAUCAUAAUACCGAACAAGAGACCCUCUUUUGCGGAUCCAUUAAGACGGUAGUGGGUCAUCUAGAGGGCUGCGCUGGUCUAGCAGGAUUUCUCAAAGCAUCUCUAGCAGUACAGCAUGGAGUGAUUCCUCCAAACCUGCUCUUCAAGAGCCUGAAUCCAGACAUUACGCCGUUCUACCACAAACUGCAAAUACCUACCGAGGCAAUUGCCUGGCCUGCAGGGGCAUCAACAAGACGCGCCAGUGUCAACAGCUUUGGUUUUGGUGGGACGAAUGUGCAUGCCAUCAUCGAGCAGUAUGUUCCCCCUCCGCCGACUACCGCCUCCAAGGAACAAAAAUCAUGUACCGAAGACUUCUUCGCGGGACCGCUCGUGUUAUCAGCAUCCACAGGACCUUCGCUCGCAGCGACCAUCGAUCGCUUGGCGGAUAUGCUCGAAGAAAAUGACCUUCAGUCCAGCAUCGAGGAACUUGCCUUCUUCACGCAAGCCCGUCGAACCACAUUCCAACAACGCAUCUCCUUUCCAGGGGGCUCUACAAGCGGACUGCGAGAAGCUUUGCGAGCUACGACUCGUUCGACAUCCGCCUCUGAGAUUGGCACGCGAGCUCCUGCGAAACUCAAGUGGCAUACGCCUGGCGUGCUUGGUAUCUUCACGGGCCAGGGCGCGCAGUGGGCCACCAUGGGACGCGACAUGGUGAAGCAAUGCCAUGUAUUUCGAGAAAGCAUUACAGCUUGCGAGGCUGCUCUCACAUCACUACCUGAUGCACCAACAUGGUCUCUCGUACACGAGCUUUUUCGAGAGCCAUCAGAUUCCCGACUCGGUGAAGCGGCACUCUCUCAGCCUCUCUGCACAGCUGUUCAGAUCGCUCUGGUCGACACUCUUGCUGCUGCUGGCAUAUCCUUUCGCGGUGUUGUGGGACACUCCUCUGGUGAGAUUGCUGCAACAUAUGCCGCUGGCCUCUUGUCCGCUCAGGAUGCCAUGCGUGUAGCAUAUUAUCGUGGUGUGCACGCUCAUCUGGCUCGGGGCGACACUGGGCAAUCAGGGGCCAUGUUGGCUGCAGGUCUUGGCAUCGAUGAUGCGGAGGUAUUCUGCAUGCCCUUCGCUGGUCGACUGAGUGUGGCGGCCAGCAACGCUCCAACCUCGACCACGCUCUCUGGUGACGAGGAUGCUGUCCUUCGUGCCAAGAGCCUGCUGGAGGAGCAAGGAACAUUCGCGAGGCUGUUAAAAGUUGACACAGCUUAUCACUCACCUCACAUGCUGCCUUGCGCCAAGCCAUAUCUCGAAUCGUUGCAAGCAUGCAAGAUUCAAGUUCGCCCCCAAAAUGAUGAAUGCAUCUGGAUUUCGUCAGUCUACGGCCAUGCUGAGCUACUAGAAGAUCCAGAAGAUCUUAUGGCACUGGCCGACGAGUACUGGGUAGCCAAUAUGUGCCAGCCGGUCUUGUUCUCUGAGGCUGUGGAGUGCUCCUUGUAUCGAGCAGGGCCAUUCGAUCUCGCUGUCGAAGUCGGUGCUCACCCUGCUCUAAAGGGCCCAGCAUCACAGACCAUCAGUGCCGCAUUAGGUGUCAAUGCGGUACUUCCUUAUACACCCACUCUGCAGCGUGGCCACAAUGAUGUCGAGGCAUUCUCUGCAUCCCUCGGAUCGUUGUGGACCACCCUCGGCUCCUGGGUUGACUUCAAUGGCUGGAGAAGAGCUUAUCUUGGCCCUCAUUCAGGACCUGUUGUAGCGGUACAGAAAGGAAUGCCCACCUACAGCUGGUCACACGAGCAGAUUCAUUGGAAGGAGAGCCGUGUAUCCAGUCGAUAUCGAUUAGCAGAACGAGCGCCACACGAGCUGCUGGGCAGACGUGCAGCUGACGACUCCGACACCGAGAUGCGCUGGAAGAACAUCAUGAAGGUCAACGAGUUACCGUGGACACAAGGCCACGUCUUCCAGCGAGCAAUCCUCUUCCCUACCAUCGGCUAUGUUGCUAUGGCUAUCGAAGCAGCUGCUGAGAUUGUUGGUGGCGUUCAUCGACUCAAAUUAGUCGAGAUUCGCGACCUGACCAUUCCACGUGCGUUGGUACUUGAAGACAACCACAGUGGGGUGGAGACUGUCUUCUCUGUGCGGCGACUUCCAACGAGCAACGAUGCCAUCAUCGAUGCAGAAUUCGUGUGCCACUCUAGCGUCAACAACACUUUGGAGAAGAAUUGUGGUGGACGCUUGAUCAUCGAAACUCUCUCCGAAGAGAACAAAGACGACGACCAAGUCCCUCUACUACCAGCGCGAUGUCCUCCGCGCUCUGGUACCACUCUGAUUGAAGGCGAAGCCUACUACCAAGCGAUUUUGAAGACUACUGGGCUCGACUAUACAGGGCUUUUCAGGGGCAUGAAACAGGUCCGCCGAACCUUGGGAUUCUCCACUGCUCAGGCGUCCUGGACGGUCGAAGAGGUCGGAAACAAAUACCUGCUCCAUCCUGGGCUGCUGGAUGUCGCAUUGCAAGCGAUUCUUGCAGCAUUCGUCAAUCCUUGUCGCAUCCCCAUUCGAGGGUCACUCUUACCAUCCGCUCUAUCUCGGCUGGUGUUCGAUCCUCAUGCCCAAUCCAUCUCUGACGAUGGCAAGGAAGUGGUCUUUGAGUCCGACUGUUUCUUGACAAACAAUACAGUCCGCUCAGUCGAAGGCGACAUUCACGUUUUCGGUCCAUCGGGCCAGUGCCUGUUGCAAGUUGAAGGCUUCCGAAUGGACAACUGGACAGAACCGAGUGCCUCAGAAGAUCGGCCUGUCUUCUCUCGUCUUGACUACCAGCCGGAUAUAUUCUAUACGGAUGGGAACAACCUGCCUGACCUCCAGCCUGAUGGUGCUGAGCUACAACUGAUCGAGGCCAUCAACAGGGCAUCGUUCUACUAUCUACGCAGUUUCUUCUCGACUGUCUCGGAGGAUCAGGUCGCUGGAUGGACGUGGGAUCGUCAAGCUUUCUACAAGGCUGUCAAGACUGUUAUCCAGAAGACUCUCGCGGGUACACAUCCGGUGACACAAAAGUCAUGGAUGAAUGACACAGCCGCGCUCAUGGAGAGCUACAAGCAGACAACCGCAUUCCAGGACCAAGCAGAUAUGAAGGCUCUCCAUGUUGCCGGAGAGCAUCUGGCCAAGGUGAUGGCAGGAGACGAGCGUCCUCUGGAAGUGUAUCUUCGGCACAACGUCUGGGCUCCAUUAUACUCACACGGUCGCUACCAAGUCCGCCUAAACCGCACCAUCGCCGACCUUGUUCGGUCAUUUGCGCACCGAUAUCCACGAGCCAAGAUUAUGGAAGUCGGCGCAGGCAGUGCUGGUACUACAGUGAGCGUGUUGGAGCAGGUCGGCGACGCCAUCGGCCAAUAUACCUUCACAGACGUUUCCGCUGGCUUCUUCGAGAAAGCACGAGAGCGCUUAGCCCACACGACUGCGGCAGUAUCAGAUCGUGUUCAGUACAAGGUCUUGGACCUCGAGCGUGAUCCUCUCGAGCAGGGAUUUGAGGCAGAGUCUCAAGACGUGAUUAUAGCAGCAAAUGUUCUGCACGCUACUGCAGACUUGACCAAAGCCGUACAGAGCGUGCGCCGACUCCUGAAACCGGGAGGCUAUUUGUUCAUGCUGGAGGUGACAGGAGAGUAUCUCGAAGGACUGUUGCUCAUGGGUCCGCUGGAAGGCUGGUGGCUGGCCAACCGCGAAGGCAAGACGAGUCAGCCUGGAUUAACACUCCAAGGGUGGGAUGAGAUGUUCCAAAACACUGGAUUCACUGGCGUCGAGAAGUACCAGAGUGAUGUGCCCGAUCCAAACAUGCAAGCGGUGUCUGUCGUCGUAACGCAAGCCACAGACGCCCGGAUUGACACCCUCCGCUCUCCUCUCGAUUUCCUCGACGACGUGCCUGUCAGUGAUCAAGUGCUGAUCAUUGGUGGAGAGUCAUUGGCCAUGUCCAAGACCGUACGUGCCAUUUCGCAGCAUGUCGGGCGGUUUGCUGCUCGCGUUCAAGUUGUUCAUAGCGUCGACAAGAUCGAUCCUGAUGUUCAUCUGGGCUCGCCUACAGCAGUCAUCGCGUUGUGCGAUCUAGAGCGUCCGUUCUUCGCGCUUCCUGUCACUGAGGCUCGUCUGAAGAAGCUCCAGGCUCUAUUCUCUCAUGCCACAGAUGUGCUAUGGGUGACCACGGGACAUCUGGACGAUCAAGAUCCUUCCGCAGCCAUGAUGAUCGGCCUUUGCAGAACGAUGGUCAUCGAGAUUGAGCAACUGAAUCUCCAAUUCUUGAACACCAACAACAAGAGAGUCGAUCCUCGCUUCGUGGUCGAGGCCUUUGUCCGCCUCAAGGUGGGCUCCUCGGAUGCUUUUGCAGCCACGCCAGUCCUGUGGUCGAAUGAACCGGAGUUGACACUCUCGUCCAACGGCGAAAUCCUGAUUCCACGUCUCAAGCCAGAUACUGAGCGGAACAACAGACUCAAUUCAGCUGCUCGACACAUCACCAAAGCUGUCGACUCUACGGAGCUCGCCAGUAACGAGUACACGGUCGUGCCACAGGGUGAUCACAUCUACAUCGAGGAAGACUCGCCAUGGUUGCACACUGGCAAGCAUGAUGGAUCGAAGCUCCUCGACGCCAUCACUGUUCGAACCACUCUUUCGGUCACUCUACCGCAUUGCGCAUCGACAACCCUCAUAACUGGAUACGAUCAAGCCGCCAAACCUGUCCUUGCCCUGACCAACUCUCACUCGUCCAAGGCGUCCAUAUCUCCCGCCUCAGUACUGCCACUGGAGAGCAACACACCCUUCACUGCGCAGCAACUUCGAGCCUACGCACACCUGAUCGUGGCCAAGCAGAUUCUUGCCGCUGUCCCAUCGGAGAUCUCUUCACGACGCUCCAAGACUGUCAUUCAUGGUGCUUCUACUGCUGUAGCCAACGCCAUCAAAUCUCUUGCCGGAGGGGAUUCCACCAUACUGUUCACACAUUCUACUGCAGGAUCAGACCUGAGUGGCAUCCAACUGCACGCCCGAUCAUCCAAUUACAUCUUGCAACGCUCGCUCCCCGCUGGAGUCGGGUUCGUGGUGGCUCUCACCAAGGACGACGCCGUAGCGGACAAGUUAUUGUCUAUCUAUGCGGGCAGCAGGCUGGAUCUGGACGCAUCGCUCUUUGGAAACAGAACAGUGUUGCAGAACUUCACCGUUGAUGUGGGAGCUUUCGACAAUACGAACAGCGUUGGUGAUGAGCCAACUAUACCUGCAUUCAUGUUGCCCACCUUGUCAGCAUCUGCGCUCAGCUUCCCCUCUGUGGUCGACUGGUCAGGCAGUGCCGAACACCCAUUACAAGUCAGUGUGAAGCCCAUCGACGGAAGCGGACUCUUCUCCCCUGAUAAAUCAUACCUGAUGGUCAGCUUGGUAUCCACGCUGGGCAGAUCGAUCUGCAGAUGGAUGGUCGAGAACGGAGCACGCCACAUUGCCUUGGCCAGUCGCAGCGCCAAAGUAGACCCGCAGUGGUUGGACGAGAUGGCUCACUUGGGCGCUGACAUUCGGGUGUAUCGAAUGGACGUUUCGGACAAAGCAUCUGUACAAAGCACUGUUGCCAUGAUGCGCGCGGAGAUGCCACCCAUUGCUGGAGUCGCCAACGCUGCUCUUGUGCUUCGAGAUCGGCGCUUCCUCGAUAUGGAUACUGCAGAUAUGACCGAAGUGCUCGCGCCCAAGGUCGACGGAUCGUGGAAUCUGCAUGAGGAGUUCAACGAUACCUCGCUGGACUUUUUCGUCUUGUUCUCCACUCUCUCCUGUGUCAUUGGCAAUGCAGGUCAGUCCAACUACGAUGCUGCUUCACUCUACCAGGUCAUGCUGGCGAAGCAGCGCCGUCAACAAGGCCUUCCUGCAUCAGUCAUGGAAGUCGGAUGCGUCGCAGACGUGGGAUAUGUUGCGGAGCGUGGUCAAUCACUCUUUGACAAGCUCGCACGGACGAUGAAACUCCCUCUCUCCGAGUCGGAUGUGCAUCAGGUGUUUGCGGAAGCUGUAGCAGCCAGUCCAGUCCGAGAAGGCGAAGUUGUAGACUCUACUACUGCAGAAAUUGUCAGUGGCAUGGGCUACUACACCUACAACGCUCGCACGCCAAGUGAAGCCCAUCCUCCGUGGUUCAACAACCUUCUCGCCUCGCAUUAUGUGAGAGAAGAAGCAGGAACAAGUGCAGUGUCAGGAGGCACUGGCGCCGACGAUCUAUCCGUCGCCACACGACUCGACGCAACCAACACUGAAGAAUCGGCAGCGGCUGCGCUCACGCAGGCUCUAGCCGGCAGAGUAGAAACCAUGCUGCAAAUGAGCGCCAACAGCUUCAAAGCCGACGCAUCUCUCCUCGACGUGGGAAUUGACAGUUUGCUCGCCGUGGAACUCCGAACAUGGUUCCUCAAAGAAAUCCACGUCGACGUGCCCGUACUCAAAAUCCUCAGCGGAGACAGUGGUGAAGCCAUAUGUGCAUUUGCUGCCAGUCAGUAUCUGGCCGAGAAGAACAAGACUGCAGGAGGAGGAGGGGGAACAACACCACCACCGCUGCCAUCUGGAGCGCUCAGUCAAGAUAUGAUGGCCACAUCAUCAGACUCGGACAUGGCAGCAGAAGAUGCGAGCAACUCGUCCGAUAUCGAUACUCCUGGUUCCAGCGAUGUGGAAGAUUCUGCUUUGGCCACGAGCAUCAGCAGUAUGGGAGCCGAAACCAACCACGGCCACGAGGCAGAGGCAGAAGUAGAGGCCGAAGCAGCGGCAGAAGAAAAAGAUGAAAAGGAUGAAAGGGGAGAAGAUGAAAAUCUUUCACCGCCGGCAACGCUUCGAGCAAUUGCACCCAUGACGCACGCACAGGCAAGACUCUGGACAUCCGACCACAUCUCUUCCUCCAAUUCUACCACUACUACAACCACUACUACCCCGCAAAACAACAACAAUCUCCUCCAAUACCAUGUCCAAGGAUUCAUCCACAUCCCUCGCCUCCGCCGGGCCAUCGAGACCGUAAUCGCGCACCACGAAGGUUUACACACAUGUUUCUUCCACGACGCAACGACAAAUUCGCCUCGACAAGGCCUUCUUGACUCUUCUUCUUCUUCCACGGGCAAAAAGAGUCCAAUCGAAUAUUUCAAACAUAUUCCCUUCACUGCCAACAAUGAAAAAGACAGCAACAACGACAAAGAAACUCUCCUCAAAACCAUCCAAACCUCCCUCCUGACGCGAAACUGGCGUCUUCACAUGGGAGAAAUUCUCUCCGUCGUAUUACUCUCUCAUUCUCACGAGACGCAUACAUUGUUGAUAGGAUAUCACCAUAUCGGCAUGGAUGGGUCUGCUUGGAGAAUAUUUUUUCGGGAUUUGAAUUUGGCUUAUCGAGGGGUUGUUUUACCUCCUUCUUCUUCUUUGGGAGGAGAGAAGGGGAAUAGGAGGAGUUUAAUCGAGGUUGCGAGAAUGGAACAGCAACAACAGGAAGAGGAAGAAAAUACUACUACUACAACUACGACAACGACAACGACAACGACAAUGACAAUGUCAAUGUCCAGUAGUAGUAAGAGUAAGAACUACUGGAAAACCCUCCUCUCACCACCCCCCUCUCCCUUUCCCCUCUUGGAAAUCUCCUCGGUCAAAACACGACCCAUGAUGGAGAAUUUCACGAAUAAUAUUUGUCUUGUGGAACUGGAUGCAGAAAUUGUCCAAGGUGUGAAUUCUUGCAGUCGAUCUCUGGGAGUUACAGCUGUGAAUUUUUAUUUGGCGGGAGUACAAUUUCUCUUGUCGAGAUUUUUGAGUUUGAGUACGACGAGUACUGGAUGUGGAAGCACUACCACCACGGAAAAAGAAGAGGAAAAAGAAGAAGAAGAAGAAGAAAAAGAAGAUUUCUGCAUCGGCAUCACCGACUCCGGACGAGAUUCCUCCACAGCAGAAACAAUAGGAUUUUUCCUCAAUUUGCUCCCAUUGCGACUUGGACGAACGCGAAAAAACCAAAUCAAAUCCUUUGGCCAAUUAGUCCGGCACGUCAACACCGUCUACCGCGCAGCACGAGAACAUUCCCACAUUCCCUUCAACACCAUUCUCGAACAAGUCGGAGGAAUCACGCGCGAUCCCACAUGUCCACCCCUCUUCCAAAUCGGCUUCGACAUCCGCCCGGGCGGACAAUCUGCCAAACUGCCCCUGGGGGAAAAUACGCAAAUGACGAUUCAAGAGACGCACGAUUCUACUUUACCUUACGAUUUGGCGUUUUGCGUGACUCCGAUGCCUGUAUCAUCCGGACCGUCGUUUGUGCAAGUCGUGGCGCGACAGGAUUUGUAUUCUCGCGAGGCGACGGAGUUGUUGGCGCAGAUGUAUGUUGCUGUGAUUACAAAUGUGGUGCGGUCGUCGGCGGCGGCGGCGGCGGGGGGCGUCCUGGAGACGCCGUUGGAAGGGUUGAGCAUUUAUCCUCCUGCGGGUAUGCAACGGGCUUUGGAGUUUGGGGCGCCGAGGGAGAAGGUGUUUGAGGAGUGGCCGGAGACGAUUACGGGACGAGUGGAUGAGAUAUCUCGACAUCGUUCAACGACGGUUGCCAUGAAGGAUGUCUCGGGGUCAAUGACCUAUGCAGAGCUAUCAACCGCUGUGACUACAUUGUCAGGGCGUCUGCUUCCCUACCGAGGUCAACGGAUCGCCGUCCUUGUAGAGCCUCAGAGAGAGUGGGUGAUUGGCAUGCUCUCCAUUCUCAGGGCGGGCGCGACAUUCAUCUCGCUCGAUGCGACUCUGCCUCCUGCACGACUCGGAGGCAUCAUUCGGGCAUGUGAGCCAAGCGUUAUCCUCGCUCAUGCUGCAACUACAGCUUUAUCCUCGCAAGUGCUCCUCGAAUCGGGACCAAGUGCACAACCAUCGGUCAUGUUCUUCGAAGACACUCAGGAGGGCGACGAAGAUGUGGGGAAUUUCGAAGACCCAAGCAGAGCAUCGUUUAUCAUUUGUACCAGUGGAACCAGCACAGGUGUUCCCAAAGCCAUUCUGCUGUCUUCCCGCGGCUUUCUCAACAACCUCGCCAACCGGAAAGGAUUGCAUGAUAUCCACGCCGACGAAGUCAUCUUGCAGAAAAGCGGACUAGGCUUCGAUAUGGCCAUCGCAGAGACGCUGAUGGCGAUCACGCACGGAGGCACUCUGGUCAUCGCUCCUCAAGCCAGUCGUGGCGAUCCCGUGGCCAUGACCGACUUGAUGGUCCAGGAACAAGUGACGAUGACUUUUGCGUGUCCGACCGAGUACCUCAUGUGGAUCCGUCAUUGCAGCGAUACACUUUCCAGGCUCACUCGCUGGCGGCUGGCCGAGUGUGGUGGGGAGAAACUCCCCAAAGCAUUGCGGAGAGCGCUACAGACACUUCGCUGCCAUCCCAUCCCAUUGCUGAUGGAUGCAUAUGGACCGGCCGAGGUGACCAUCUGCGCAACUCUGCAAUGCAAUGAAGAGGAAGCGUACAGCAUAGAUGACGAUGAUGAUGGUCUGACUGCAGGUUCAUCUUCCGUCGGUCGACCUCUUGCCAAUGUGGGAAUCUUCAUCGUCGAUUCUCGUGGUCGCCUGUGCCCACCAGGUAUUCCAGGGGAAAUUUGCAUCACUGGAGUCGGCGUUGCCUUGGGAUAUGUUGAUGCAAAAGCCACUGCAAAGGCAUUUGUGGAGAACUUCACCAUUGAUCGUGAUGAUGGCACCACCCUUUCCAUGGGAAGAAUGUACAAGACGGGAGACCGAGGCGUCUGGCGAGCGGAUGGCACACUAGGCUAUCUGAGCCGAAUGAGCACGGACACGAUGGUCAAGAUCCGUGGUCAGCGCGUCGAUAUGAGUGAUGUGGAAACGGCCAUUCUCUCUGAAGCAUCGGAUCUCGUCUCCGAGGCUGUCGUCACACAUCAUGAGGAAGAGGAGGACGCGUUCCUCGUCGCGCACGUGGUACUCAGUGGUACCACCUCCAGUGGUGGUCGAGAAGACAUCGCCGCCGCCGUCGAUCUUCCCCCAAAAGAUGACCUACAACUGGAGCAGCUGAUGCAGAAUCUAGCGCUUCCGCGAUACAUGAAGCCAGCACGCGUGAAUCUCCUGGAGAAGCUACCUCUAACUGCCAAUGGGAAAGUCGACCGUCACGCAUUGGCUCGUAAUCCUCUCCCUCCCAGACAACAAAAGAAGAUUGAACAACAGCGUCAUGACCAGGCGAGCAGCAUCACUACCCUGAAAGAAGUAGAGCUGCAUCUCCUGUGGCAGCGCGUGCUGCGUCGCGUCGAUAUCCCGCGGCAUCGAGACGUCGACUUUUGGGCCAUGGGAGGCUCGUCUCUGCAUAUGGUCAAGCUACAGGCCGCCGUUCGUACAGACAUGUUAGUUCAACUCUCGAUUCGGGACAUGUUCAUGCACAGCACAUUGGGGAGCAUGAGUGACUUGAUCAGCAAUCGCACAGCGCCGACAAGUGCUUCUAUCAAUUGGGACCAGGAGACGGAAGUCCCGUCCGCUUUAUGCUUGAGUCUGGCCUCGGCACCCGCGAGCCAGCCGCUCUCAUCGCUCUCAGGAGGAGGAGGAGGAGGAGGAGGAGGAGGAGAAGUUCUGAUGACCGGUGCAGACGGGUUCCUGGGCAGGCAUAUCCUCUUCGCCCUCCUUCGCAACCCUUCCAUUCGGCGGGUGCAUUGCCUUGGCGUAUCCUCAUCCGCUUUUGCGAACACUUGUCCUGGUGCAGUAGACGACUCUUCACGCCUCACCUUCUACGAAGAGAGCAGUCUCCAGCAACAAAACUUCGGCCUGACGGAAGAGACCAUCACCACACUCAUGGACACAGUCGACGGCAUCAUCAUCGCCGGCGCUCAUGGGCAUUGCCUCAACAACUAUCUCUCCUUGCGCCGAGCAAACGUGACUAGCACCAAGACGCUGGCAGCGUGGGCAGCUCGCCGCCGAAUCCCGCUCCAUUUCAUCUCAUCCAAUCGCGUCACGCUGCUGCAAUCGGCAACGACAGCACUCCCACCAGUCAGUCUCCACCACUUUCCACCCCACAGAGAUGGCUCCGAAGGCUUCACAGCAUCCAAAUGGGUCGGUGAAGUCUUCCUCGAGCGUCUCGCGGCGGCAGCGGCAAAAGGUGGAGGAUCGGCAGGGACGGGAAGAUGUUUUCCCAUCACGAUCCAUCGACCAUGCGCAGUCAUUGGCAGCGAAGCUCCCUCUGAAGACUCUCUGAAUGCAAUAUUGAAAUUCUCGAGGGUGCUGCAGGCGGUGCCGAAGCUGUCGAGUCUUCCGGUGAAGGGAUAUUUUGAUUUUGCUCGUGUGGAAGAUGUCGCUGCAGAGAUUGCGGGAGUGGUGAUGCAGCAGCAGCAGCAGCAAGCGGAGAAUUCGGGAGCGGGAGUGCAGAUUCGGCAUCAUAGUAGUGGGGUGCAGGUGCCGCCGAGCGAAUUCCGGGCGUAUAUGGAAAAGGUUCAUGGCGGCGGCGGCGGCGGGGAGUUUGGUGAGGUCGAACUGGAGGAGUGGAUAGAAAAGGCGUUGUUGGUGGGACUGGAGCCGAUGAUUGCCGUGUACUUGCGGGCGGUGGUGGAGAGUGGGAGAGAUAUUGUGUUUCCGUAUAUGGGAGAGCCAUUGCCUGUGUGUGCAGUGUAG